UUCAAUCGUUCCCUUAACUGUCAUAACACAGAUUGUUUCAAUAAAACAGUAAAAAGGGUCUCAAAAGGAACAUUUUUACGUUCUGAUUGAUCUCGCAGUUGAAGACACGAGAAAAUUUUGAGCAAAUUACCACUGGAUUGAUUCAAAAAGGUUAUCAGAAAAUUUCACGGCUCUGUUAUGGCAGUGGUUUUUUUAUAAUCCGUUUUUGAAAUUAGCUGAAAUCUUCGUUAACCAUUGCGACAUGGAGUUGCUUCCUACUGUGGGUGAAGUAACAACAGCUCUCAAAAGUGGGGGAUCGAAAAUCAAAGCAGGAGUUCAAAAACUUGCUGGUGACGAAGCAGGUGCAAAACGGGCUGUUAAUGAGGUAGGACACGGAUUUUCACGGGUGGCGGAUGGCUUGCCGGUGGUUGGACAUGUGAAAGGAGUUGUCCAUUACGCCAUGGGCGAUACUGAGAAAGGGAACCAGAGCAUGAUUUCUGCUUCGCGUACUACAGUUGUGCUCACGGCCAAUUUGUUGACUGGGGGAGUUGGGGGAGGUAUCGUCGCUCGUAAAAUGGCAGGCGUUGGAAGUGGAGUGGCAUUUGACGGAGCUCAUUCCUUUAUUGACUCAGCUGUUAAAGACGAGAGAUCAACACAUGGCAUAUGGGAUAUAGACCGCAAGUUGGUGGAGUCCCGCAAAAAAAACGGCGGUUUGAAUAAACCCACGAAUGCUGAAACUGAUGCGAACAGAUCUGUUGAGUUUGACUUCAAGGCUGGAUCAUCUGCCGCAAAAACAGUCAUAACUUUGGAAAAAGCGCAAACCCAAUCGCAGCAAGUAGCUGUUAAGGACACAUUUGGCAAAGAUGCGUACGAACCUGUGGAAAAUGCGGCUAGAGAAAUGAAAGGCAAUGUCUAUGUCGAAACUGUAGUCAGUGACGAGGGAAACGUGAGCAAAGGUUAUAAUCAACAAGCCAGAGGUGACAUAAAUAUUCACCAGUUGGAACAAUUUGGGGAAGAAAGUGGAUUUGUAAGUGAGACUGUCGCAAAAACUUCAGCCUUCGCAAACGAUUCCGACUUGACCAAAACGCCGCAUCAGGAUGUUGAGCCUGUGCUACAUCAAAAUCCUACUGUGUGUAUUGAGAAUGAUGCCAUUACCAAAGCAACUUCAAAAAGUUCGAAUCCGAAUGUUGCACAACUGAAUAACUGCAGCAUGAAAAUGCACGACGGAAUUGUUUCUCUCGUAGAGAGAUGUGAGAAUUGCAAGACUUUCAAAAUGGGGAACGUGUUGUCGGACUUGCGAAUGGACGUACGAGUUCCUCUGGAAUCUAUGAGACUCUACUUAUGCAAAGCAUGCUUCACGGGGGUUGCAGCAUUGGUAUCAGAAGCAGCUUUUUAUGAAGAUAAGUAACCGAAACUAUACGGAUCUUUUUGAAUUAUAAAAAUCUGACUUAUGUAUAAAGCGAAGCUAUACUAACAAACAUAAGCGCUCGCACAUCAUCACUAAAUCAAUUUUUCUCAAU